AUGGCUCGCUUGGCGAGGCUCCGCGUGCGGGAAGCCGAACGGAUGAAAUCGCAGUGCUUCUUCAAAGCCGAGCGCGUGGCGGUAGAUGAAGCCCCCAGUUUCCUCCUGGCAGAAGGCGGGGCGCUUCAGGUAGGGCCUUGGCGCCCUGUAGGGCUGGCAGGCACACGCGGAAGACGCCCGCACUGCCCGGCGCCCUGGGCUUUCUUCGCCGUGUAGGACGGGCACGCGGGCAGUACGGUGGCCCUGUCCUGUGCCUAGCGCUUGCUGGAGCCCCUGUGGGCGGCGGAGGCCUCGUCGGGCCAGGGCCAGGAGGAAGACCCCGGGGCGGUCAAGGGGCUGCGCGCGGCCUUCUUGACUCCCGGCCAGCGCCCGCAGGCCCUGUCGCGGGCCGUGGCUGCGCUGGUGUCCCCCCGCCACUUCUGCUUCAUCAACCUGGGCGACUCGCGGGCUCUUCUGUGCCGCUGGGCUGCCGCCACCUUCUACACCGAAGACUGCACGCCCAGCAAGCCCCGGGAGCGGCAUCGGGUCGAGAACGCCGGCGGCACCGGUAAGCUGCAGCGCGUCAGCGGCUCUCUGGCCGUCUCCCGCGCCCUGGGCGACUUCGACUACAAGGCGGUGGCCUGGCGGUCACCCGAGGCCUACCCGUUGGUGCGCUCCCCCGAGCAAGAUGAGUUCUUGGUGCUGGCUUGCGACGGGGUGUGGGACGCCUUCGACAACGCGGGGCUGUGCGCACACGUGCGCACCCGCCUGCGCCUCUGCGCCAACCCGCGGGAUUUAUGCGAGUGUCUCCUGCGUGCCGACCUCUACAAAGGGAGGCCCUAGGCCGCAACGGCUGCGGCUGGUCGGGCACAUGAAGCAGAGGCCUGGCCCUCUCUCCCAGGGGAGCAUCUGGAUUUCUAGACAUCUUGCUAUGAAGAAUAAUAGUUUUUCCAAAAUGAGGAGUGGUGGAGCUCAUGUCCGCUUGGGGGAUGUGCUCUUUAAAGUGGGGAGCCUUCACCUUCCAGGUGUGGGAGCUGGUUGUGGCUCCCCCAAAGUGUCAUGAAGGCACUCUGCACAUGUUCAGAGGCAUUUCUCUUAUUUGUGCGUCUUAUGUUGACAGAGACACUGAAAAGAGAUUCAGAAACAAGUUCUUCCAGGAUCCCCUUGUGGCUUUCUCAUAUUAUCUUCUGCAUGGUAAUCCUCUCCUCUUGCCUAGGGAAGUUGUUUUCAUGAAUAGCCUAAUAUUUAAGAUUCUGGAACACAACUUGUUUCUUAGCUUCCCACUUUUGUUUAUUGUACUUACAUUCCUUCACUCUUCCAGUCUAAAUCCAUGGCAAUACUGGUGACAUAAUUGGUGAGAGUCUGUCUUAGUUUUGCACAUUUUGCUAUGGUAUAAUUGCAUGUAAAUUGCACAGCACUGUGCUGAAAUCUUCAUCUCCUUGUUUGAUUUGUUCAUCCCAGCUAUUUGUAUCUUACCUUGAGCUAAUGAUUGUGCACAGAGCACAGACAAUGUCCUUGGGGACGCACUAGCUUUCUUAAUCAUUGGUUAUUUGCAAAUAUUAACACACUGGCACAAAAUGGGGGGGGGAACAAGGCACCAAGUGAGGAGGGAUGGUGGAGGUCACCUAAGAGGGGCUGUGGCUGAAGCAUACAGAAGAGGUUACUCCUAAUAGGCCGGACUUUAUUUCACAGGAAGAUUGGAAACUGCCUUAUAGUGAGUCAGACUUUUGGUCCAUGUAGCUUAGUAUUAUCUACACUGACUGGCAGCAGCUGUCCAUGGUUUCAGACAGAGAGUCUCUUUCAGCCCUACCUGGAGAUGCCUUUGGGGAUUGCAUGUGGGACCUUCAGUGCAAAGCAUGUGCUGUACCACUGAGCUACUUCCCUCCCCCAAUAUUUCAAUAUAUUGUCUUUAUUUUAAGGAAAUAGAUCGGCAUCUGUUAUAUUUUGUUUUAUUUUAAGGAAACAGGCAUCUGCAAAAGCACUCCAUACAUGCUCUAAUGCACUCUCUUCUGUUUUAUUAAAUGGCUCACUCUUGGAGUACAAACUAGUCCUUGGCUGAUGGCUGACCUACAGACACCUAAAGAGACAGACUGACCUUUGAAUGGAGUUCUACAGGUUAUACACAAUAUGUGGAGGAAUCCUACACCAAUUCUUGUAAAGGCGUGUUUGCUUUUCCCAUAUCAGUUCUAUGUGAAUUUGACUAGCUCUUGUGCUUUGCCCUCCAUGCAUUUUUAAGGCUGUUGCUGCUGUCACAUGCUGUUUGUGAUGGAGAGAUAAUCACAAUGAUGUCACUUCUGUCAUGUCAUGUCAUCCAUCAUUCACGGCCCAUGAGCUCCAGUCCCUCCUCCCCACAGCUGCCUCUAAAUUUAUUUCUGGUUAUGUAUGGACUAUUCAAGUGCUGAAAUUCAGCAACUUAUUUCCCCCACGUGUUAUUUAUUACACCUUUAGAAACGAAUUUUUUAAGAACCUAUAAGGAAUAGAUCCAUACAAAUUAUAAGGAAGAAGGUUACCCAGCACAAUAAUAUGGCGAUUUGACCAAAAGGAAACCAGAAUGAACAAUUAAUUCCUGGGUCAUUAUUUACCAAACACAGGGAUCCAAUAAUAAUAAUUACAGUUUUUAUGUAGAGAGAAAUUAUGAAUGAGACACAAUCAGCCUAAGAACAGUAAAUUGCCAGCAGUCAAAAGAAGGUGCCUUUCACUGAGUCAGAACAUGGCUCCAUUGAGCCCAGGAUUGUCUGCAAGGGUAGAUUUUACUCUGACUGGCAGUUGCCUCUGCAGGGUUUCAGGCAGGGGGGAUCUCUUUCAGCCCUACCUGGAGAUACUGGUGAUUGAACCUGGGACCUUCUGCAUGCAAGGCGGAUACUGUCUCACUGAGCUAGGACUCUUCCCUUCAUUAAUAAAUGCAAAACAACAUUUAUUUAUUUAUUUAUUUAUUGGAUUUCUUAGUCGCCCAUCUGGCUGGCUAACCAGUCACUCUGGACGACGUACAAUCUAAAAGCAAUGAUAUUAAAAUCUAACCAUGUUUAGAAUAGGCCCAUUGAAACCAAUGUUGAUUUCAACGGAUCUGCUUUGAGUAUAGCUUUGUUGACUAUCAUCCCAUGUUUGGAUGAGUUUUGCAGGAGAACUUUAAACCUAUAAAUCAAACUUCUGGUACCUAAUUAAAAAUCAUUAUUGUUAUUGUUGUUAUUAUUAUUAUUAAAUUUUAUUUAUACCCCGCCUUUCGGCCAAAGGCCCUCAAGGCGGCUUACAAAGAAAAAUAAACACAGGUAUAAAAAUACAAUAUAAAAAUACAAUAAAAAUACAAUAAAAGCAAUACAAUUUACAAAA